AUGUCGUCUACUGUCUCUGUAUAUGAUUCUGUCACCAUUGAAAGAAUGGUGGAGGAUUAUAUGCGUGACAACAUCCAUGUAGGCACGCCAGACAGUCCCUCGGGGAAACAGUCUCACAACAUGAGUGAAGGAAAUUCUGUGCCUAUGUCUGAUGUUCCUACUCAUGCUGGAGACACCAACCAUUCUAAUUUACCGUAUUAUGAGAAAACAAAACACAAUGAAGAUUCUGAAAAAAGUGAAAAAAGGGAGACUACAAAGCAAAUGGUGGGAUUUCUGGAACUGUGGCGUUAUGCAGAUGCCUUGGAUAUCUUCCUCAUGAUAUUUGGUCUUAUUUGCGCUGCUGCCAGCGGUACCGGACAGUCAAUCCUCAUCAAUAUAUUUGGACACAUGGCAGGCAGCUUUGUAUCAAGAGGAAGUAACAUGGAGGAUGACUAG